AUGGCUGACGUUGCACAACCUCAAGUAUUUGAGAAUCCUGAUGGAACCAAGUCUGUAGUUACAUAUAAGGUGGAAAAUGGACAGACUUACAAAGUGACUCAGAAAGUUAGAGAGAUCAAAGUUACAGAAAAGGUUCACAAAAGUGUUGCUGAUAGAAAGCACUGGUCCAAAUAUGGUGCUGAGCAAGAUGCUCCUCCAGGACCUAACCACUCUACUACACAGUUGGGUGAAGAAGUUCAAUUGAGAUUAAGUAGGAAUUGGAGACAAUUGGAGCAAGAAGAGACCCAAAAGAAUAAGAUCACUUCUGACAACGUUAUUAGCUGUAGAUUAUGUGGUAAUGCUCACUAUACGAUGAACUGUCCAUUCAAGGGUAUAUUGAACGAUAUCUCAGCAUUGGAAGACCCUGGUAAUACUGAAACUGAUGGUGCCACUGAGGCUACACCAGCUGCUGCUGCACCAGAUGUCGUAACUGAAGGUGGUACCCGUUACAUUCCUCCAUCCCGUCGUGCAGGUGCUAAGGAUCCUUCUUCAGAUGCUUACAGAGACGCUAGGGAACGUGACGAUAUGAGUACUCUAAAGAUAACGCAAUUGAACUUGAAUGCAGACGAAAACACCUUGAGGGAAGAAUUAUUGUUUCCAUUUGCACCAAUUCCAAAGGUCGUUGUUGUCAGGAAUAGAGAAACUGGUAGAUCAAGAGGUCUUUCGUUUGUUACUUUUGCCAGUGAAGAAAUUGCAGAACAAGCUCUGCAUUUCUUGAAUGGUAGAGGUUUCAUGAAUUUGAUUUUGCAUGUGGAAUGGUCAAAACCAAAGAGCAAAGAUUAG